AUGGAGGUAUCCUCCGUUCCUUGGUCCUGCGGACAAAGCACAUGUCCGCUCCCAUCCGACCUCCGGUCCCUCUCCGCCCGAAAGCUGCUCCGGUGCCAUUUUAAAAUCCGAGAGCAUCGAUCGCUCCAACGGUGCGUAGCGUCAGCCUCGUACGCACGCUCUGAUGCCCGCGCCCAUCGGCGUCCGUCCUGUCUUUCGUGCCACGGUGCCUUGACCCCCCUUCGUCUACAAAGUCAAUCUGUGGCCGAACGGAUCCUCCGAGCUGGAUCUUACUGCCCCUCGUCUUGUCCCGACGAGAAUUGCGUUCGCUUGAGCUGAAUGUGGCACCGCUUCUCCUUCCGCUCCAUUCAAUGUCCUGCCGCUCGCCAUCGCUAGAAGAUGGAGUGUCGGGGGGCGUUUGAAAAUCUGGAUCCCGAGCACUCGCUAGUUUGGUGCUUCGUCACUCACUCGGCCCUUUGUCCGCUUGUAUGAAGCGCACUUGCUGCCACGGAUUGCUGUGAAUCGAAGGACCACAUCCUCGAGCGUUUUUCAACGUGAUGGUGAUGGCGAUGGACUGCUGCUGCGAGCUUUCGUUUACAUUCUCGCACAUUGUCGGGCUUCACCAUCACGUACUUAUGCCGAGUGUCAUGGACUGCAGAAGAUAUAAAUGUAGUCAUUCGAGGUGAUGUAACUCACCAUAUCAAUCCCGAGGUCAGUUCGACUCAACAGUUUAACAGUUCGCAGCAAUAUGACAAACGGUAUAAUAACAAUAAUUGUAGCCAUAGGAGACGUCUCCAACCCAUGGGAGCAGUGAAGAAUAUCGACUAAGGCUUGACGAUGCUCAGCUCCGCCUCAGUUUUGCACGUCUUUGGAAGUCUGAAGAUGCACAUUUGCAAUCAGCUGAUGGUCUUAUUCGGUUGGGUUUUUUUGGAAUUCAGACUCUGAAAUAAACUUUGGAUUAAUGAGUUCACUCACUCCUCUGCGGCUUCUUUUCAUCCAACUGUUAGUUGAUGAGCAUAUCAGUGCGU